CAGAGAUAUUUUUUAGGAAUCUUAAGUACAUCUCUUUGCUUGUUUCUCACGUCCACUAGCGUAGUCUUCGAUUGGACUAGAGAUUUCUAUGUCCACUAUAGUUUUGUUUUCCCUCAGGCAUCUUACCUGAAAGUGAUUGUUUAUACUUUCAUCUGAAUAAGAGCAGAAUUCGGCAAGUGAUCAUUUCUAAUUCCUUUUUGUUCUGGCUUUGCAUACGGAAAGGGAUGAAGAAUUCUGCCUCGAAAAAACUCGAGGGGAAAGUAGCCGUAGUAACUGGCGGCGCGAGUGGCAUCGGCGAGGAAACGGCUCGCUGUUUCUCCAGUCACGGUGCAAAAGUCGUGAUUGCUGACAUCCAGGAUGAGAAGGGCCGAGACCUCGUAGAAUCGAUUGGCUCCAGCUGCUGCAUCUAUAUUCACUGUGAUGUCGCCGAUGAGCAACAGGUGAUAUCCUUAGUACAGUCGACCCUUCAAUUGUAUGGUAAGCUGGACAUCAUGUUCAGCAACGCCGGAGUGUUCAGUUCUGUCGAGCAAGACAUUCUUGAUUUCGACAUGUCGGCUUUCGAGCGCCUUUUCGCUGUAAAUGUCAAAGGCAUGGUCUCGUGUGUGAAGCACGGGGCACGCGCAAUGGUGGAUAACGACAUAAAGGGAAGCAUAAUUUGCACGGCGAGCAAUUAUGCGAGCAUCGGGAGUGACAAGUACAUGGACUAUACCAUGUCUAAGCAUGCGGUGCUGGGCUUGGUGAGGUCGGCAAGCAAGCAACUCGGAGCACAUGGUAUACGCGUGAACUGCGUGUCGCCAGGACCGGUCGCGACACCAAUGGUCUGCAACACCUUUGGCGGGAGUGAAGAGGAAAUCGAGAGGAUGUUCGAGCCGAGUUCGAGCUUAAAAGGGGUUUUGAAAGCGAAGCACGUGGCUGAUGCUGUGGUGUUUCUAGCUUCUGAAGAUUCCGAAUUCGUGAAUGGCCACAACCUCGCCGUCGAUGGAGGGCUUAACCCGCUUCAGCUGCCUCUCGCAGCAAAAUAGGUUUCGAGUUUCCAUGUAUGCUACAAUUUCUGCUUUGGCACAGAGAAAUAUGACUGUAACUUGGAGAAUGUUACUCAUGAUGGAAUGUUAUUGGCGCUUCUAUUCUUGCCACAAA